AUGGAACAAAAAAUUAAGAAAAUUAUAUUUAUUAAAAUUGCUUGGUUUAUCUUUUUAAUUUGGAUAUGUCAUUUUAACAACUUGAGAACUUUUAGUAAAAUUUUGGAUGAGAAUUAUUACUAUAGUAGUAAAUUAGAUACGAGAACUUAUAGAUUACUAGGAAAAUAUAAUAAUAUUAAAGAUUCAAAAAUUGUGUAUUUAAAAAAGGAUGUAUCAAAUAAUUUAGAAUGUGAAAACAAAAAUAUAUGUAAUAAUGAAAAAUGGACAACAAAAAAAGAUCGUAAUAGAAAUUUAUUGAACAUGGCUCAUUAUUAUAUUCAAGUUACAGAUUAUAAUAAUGGAAUGUUCGAUGGGAAGCAUUUCCAUUUUGAAAAAAAGUGGAUUAAAAAAAAACAUUAUGAUCAUUUUCUUGAAAGAAAGAGACGAACCUGCAAUAUAGCCUUAGGAAAAAUAAAAUUUAGAAGUUACGGAAUUGGAAUUGCAAUAUUUUUUAUUUUUUUAAUUUUGGGAGUAGGAAUACCCAUAUCCUCAGGAAUAAAAUCUCUGGAUACUCUAUGGAAUACGCUUAAAAAUGAAGAAGGAUUUUGGAAAAACUUAGAUUCAGCCUUAGUGAAAAUGAAUGAUAUAUUAGGAGGCCAUACAUAUAUAAUAUUUUUUAGCGUACUUAUGAUUAUAUUAUCUAUAAUGGUUAUUGUAGCGAUUUAUAAAAUCUUAAGAAAUAAUGAAAAAUAUAAAAAAAUUAAGUUAAUGACUGAGUUAAAUUAA